AUGCAUCACAAUAAUAUUGUUCCUUUAAAACCUUUACCUACUCCACAAAAAAAAUCCUUCCAACAACAAGAAGAAAACGAAUUGAUUGCUUCUGCUCCAUUAACACCUUCAUCUAGAGUUGUUCCUGUUAAAGCUUUACCACCAAAACCCUCUCAAAAAGAAGUAGAUGAAAGAAAUUGUGAAGAAUCACCUGUUUUAUUAAAAGAAAUGAAUUAUCCACCUCCUCUUUCAAUUUCACCUCAAAGCAAACACUCUGUAGAUUUGGAAAAACAUAAAAUGAGACAUAGAGCUUCUGUUGGUUCUAGAAAUGAUAUGUUUAAUUCAUUUGAUGAAAGAAAAAAAGAAACAUCAACUUCUCCUAAUUUCUUUAAAAAAACAACUACAACUCCUGCAAGUCAAAAAAUUAAUACUACAGUAUUUGAUAUAAACCCAACUAGUCUUGAAGCUUCAUUAUCCGAGUCACAUAUAGAUUCAAAAGAUAUGUCUCCUAGAGUAUCUAUGUUAAGUGAUAAAAAAGAAAAAACAGAACAAGCAUAUGUACUACAAACACAAGAAAGUAAAAUUCAUGAAAAAGUAAAUCAAAAACCAUUAAAAGAAUUAAAACAUGAAAUAAAACCAAUUCUUCCAACUGACUUUUUAAAGAAAUAUCAAAGUUAUUUUACAACAGAAAAUCAAGAAGAUAAAAUUCGAUUUAUCCCAAAGAAUUUAAAAGGAGAAAAAGUUAUUGGAGAUGAAUUAAUGAUGCAUACAGCUGAAUUAGUAUUUACUGAAUUUAUGUUUUGUGUUAAAUUACAAAUAUUUCAAGAAAUUGAAAGAAUAAUAAGAAAUGAAAUACCAUUAUUAGACUAUCAAGAAUAUUUAUUAUUUGGGCCAUUAGAUAAUCUUGUAAAUGAAAUUAGUCAAAUGUGUUUAGAGCUGGAACCUAUUUAUUAUAACCUUUUAAAAAAUACAUCCAAUAAAGAAAGUGAACUCAAUAAUGUAUUUCUUAUAAUUGCAAUAUAUAAUUCUUAUAUUUUUGAUAAACCAUUUAAAGAUAAAUUUAAAGAAUUUGUUGCACAUUAUACAUCAUUAGGAAAAACAAUUAUUGAAUUUAUUAAAUCAAAUAAACAUCUUCAUAGAAUUAUUCAAGAACAAUUAAAUAAUUGUAUUGAUCAAAAUAUUAAAGAAAUUACUGAUUUAUUCUUUUCAGCAACACAACGUAUUUGUAGAUAUGAAUUAUUAUUUGAAAGUAUAUUAAAAGAAAUUCAUCAAGAAGGAAAAGAAAAAGAUAUUUUAAUAAGUACUAUUAAUUUAUUUAAAAAUAUGAAUAUAUCAAUUAAUCAAUUUAUUUCCAAAACAAGACUCUUUUAUUUAAAGAAAUAUGAAUAUUUUGAAAUAAGUUAUAAAUCAAAUAUUUCUCUUCAAAUGGUUAAUACAAUUAAAAAUAGUUUCAUAUGUGCUGAUCAUUUUAUUGGAAUUUUUUAUGGAAUUAAAAAUACUGGAAUUAAAUCAAAAAAAACAGAGUUACUUUUAUUUAAUGAAGGAAUAUUAAAAAGAUAUUGUGAAGAAGAAUUUUUUGAAUUUUAUCCAAUAAAUACAUUAACUGCAAAAAAAACUGGAGAAUGGGAAAAAGAAUUACUUCCAAAUGAUGUCUUCUUUUUUGAUAUUAAAAAAAAUAAAAUGCAAAUUAUUUCACUUGAAAAUGAAGAAGAGAAAAAGUUAUUUAAUUCUAAAGUAAAUCAAAUGUUUGAUCGUUUUAAAAAGUCUUUAAAUAAACAUUGA